UCUGCGGUACGGUUGGUUUUCCGAAGUGCGCCGUACGCAUGUGACGUGCUUUUUAACAUCUGAUGGGAAAUUAUCCCAUCAAUCAUUGUAAGCGCGAUAGCGUGUGUUUUGUGCGUGAUGCUAACUCCCGGCCCAACAAUGCAGCACUAAAAACGCCAGUGUGAAAGUGUGAGGUUGUGUGCUGAGGACGCUGCGGAGCCAAAGAGCGAAGUUGGGUUUCCCACGAUACCACCAGUCUUUCGAACACCGCUGGCUAUCUACGAAGCGUCCGAUGGAUUGCAGCCUGGAGGAUGCGAAAAUCGUCAAAACAGUAGUGCACGCCGGAACGAAGGUUGUGCCGUUUCGCGACGGUACCAAGGUGAGGUUCCACUACGAGACACGAAAAUGUGACGAAUCGCGCACGCUGAUCGACGACAGUCGGGCCAAGGGGCAGAAGCCGAUGGAGCUGGUGCUGGGCAAGAAGUUUAAGCUCGAGGUGUGGGAGACGGUCGUCCAGCAGAUGGCACUGCACGAGGUAGCCCGGUUCCGUUGCGAUCGGUCGGUAGUGAUGCAAUAUCCGUUCGUGUCAAAGACGAUACGGGACGCACAGAAACCGCGUGAGGAGCGCAAGCACUGCUGCGGCAUGACGGUACAGAACGAGGGCAUUGGCUACCGGGACCUGGACGAACUGUUCAACAACCCGCAGGACCUGGAGUUCACCAUCGAGAUCCUGUCGAUCGAGAGCCCGGAGGAGUACGAGCGGGAGUCGUGGCAGCUUAAUGACGGCGAGAAGCUGGAGCUGGUGCGGAAGAUGCGCGAGCAGGGCAACGCGGCGUACGGAAAGAAAGACUAUCCGGUAGCCCAGGAGGCGUACUCGCACGCGAUCGGAAUCGUCGAGCAGCUGAUGUUAAAGGAAAAACCGGACGAACCGGAGUGGAUCGAGCUGGCCCAGGCCAAGAUUCCGUUGCUGCUGAACUAUUCCCAGUGUAAACUGCUGGAGCGGGACUACUAUGCCGCCAUCGAGCACUGUACCGAGGUGCUGAAGUACGACCGGGACUGCGUGAAGGCUCUGUUCCGGCGGGGUAAAGCCCACGCCGGCGCUUGGAACUUUGAUCGGGCGCGGGCGGACUUUCAGCGAUGCGAGCAGCUGGACGGCAGUCUGCACGAUACCAUCGCCCGGGAGCUUGCGCGCCUGCAGGAGCUGAUCCGCCUAAAGGACGUCGAGGACAAGCUGAAGUUUCAAAAGCUAUUCUAGACAAUCACGCAACAGCCGGGCCAGAGGCGGACAACUUGUGUAACUAUUACUUUUUACCCCAGAUUUCAAUCGAUUGCCCGGAUUCGAUCCGUCCUAAUUGAAGGUAGUCUGGUCAUAUUAACUAACAAUAUGUUACUAACCUGGAUGUUGGUUGCUCACUAAAUUGAGAUGGCGAUGCUUAUCUUGAACCUUCGGCCGGUACAGCUUUCCAAUUUAAAGCUUCUCUCUGGAACUGUGAGCUUACUACACUACAUAUAAUCCCUUCGUUGAACCUACUCCCUUUUUAAAAUGCUUCAUAAAUCUAACAACUCUGCGGAGAUUUUGGAGCUGAUCAAUACGAAUGUGACUCGCACAUUCCCGCAAUGAUAGUUACUGACUAUUUCAGAUACGGCCUUUGCUGGCGCUUGCAUAGAAGUUACGGGGAUGGCAGAUCUUUUUCCUCCUGUUGCCUUUUUAGCUUUUGCUGCGUUCCACAUUUCCCUGCUGUCCUUGUUUUUACAAAUGUAUUUUUUUUAUUUCGUUUUUUUUCGGUACGUUCCGCAAUGUAUACCGUCUGUAGAAGUUCUUAGGUCUACUUAAUAUUAAGGACGUAAGACUAGGCCAUCAACCGAUAUCAGCAGCAUCAACCGCCUUCCUUCUUGGGGCCGUUGACGUAGCUUCCAUGCUCACGAAUGUUUAAUUCGCUUUGUAACAUUUCUUCC